AUGGUGAGGACGAGGACCACAAUCCUGAAGCAGCAAGUUAUGGCAUUCUCCAAAUGGAGAGUCGAAACAAUGUUCCCCAUAUUGGAGAUCCAAACCAAUUUUCGCCAAAUAAUCUGCCAAGUUAUUGGUUUCAUGCGGGGUGUGCUGGAAGAUAUGACAAGAACAAAGAAUUUGAAUGUGCCACCGGCCAAUGAAAGGAGAAUCCCCCCCCCCACGGCAUCGGUACGUAAGGCUCGUGAAGUCGCUGCCCUACAAAAGAAAGAAGAAGCACGUAAAAGGCGUGACGAGGCAACCCGUAAAAAGCGUGCAGGUAGUGCAACGACUGCUGCCAGUGCAGUACAGGAGCCUGAACCUGAACAAGUACAUGAGCCUGAUGAUGAUAUGGUUGAUGCAGAACAGAGCUUCAAGCAACAUAUAUCACUGGAGGUGUGGAAGCAUUACAAGAAACCUGCUGAAGUGCUUGAUAGGGGUGUCUUGAAAACCUACCACCAUGGGAAUGCUAUGCUUGGGAAUGAUAAGGAGAAGCAUAACGAUGUGAAAAAAUGCUUUUCGACUUAUGUAAAGGGAAGGGUUGAGGCUGCUGGUCUAUUGCCUUUGUUGACAUGCAACCUUCCCUCUGUUGACAAGACCAUGCUAACAGCGUUUGUGGAGAGAUGGCAGCCGGAGACAUCCUCUUUCCAUAUGUCAUUUGGGGAGAUGACCAUCACACUGGAUGAUGUUAGUUCUUUGCUACACAUUCCUGUGAAGGGAAAAUUCUUCACUCUCCCAGUCCUGACUCGUGAGGAUGCAUCCAGUGCAUUGCAUAAACAGCUUGGUGUUACACAAGCAGAUGCUGAAGAGGAGAUCCGAAAGACCUUAGGACCUUAUGCUCGUUAUACAUGGUUGUUGAAGGUGGCUGAGGACAUGGCAAAGGAAGAAAAGACCAAGAAAGCUGCUAGAGCCUUCUUGCUGCGUUUGGUGGGGAUGACGAUCUUCUGUGGGAAGACAAACAACAAGGUGUAUGUUGCAUAUUUGGGGAUGUUUAUGGACUUGGAAAAGGUUGGGGAAUAUGCAUGGGGCGCCAUGACAUUGGCUUUCCUUUAUGACCAGCUGAAGGACGCCACCAAGGUCGGCACCACUAGUCUUGGAGGAUACUUAAAUCUGUUUCAGGCAUGGAUAUUUGAGCACUUCCCUGCUUCAUUGUUUGAUAGAAACCUGAACAGGAUAUACAGUGAGAAAGACCCGCGAGCUUGCAAAUGGGUCACCAAGAGAGGGACUGUGGACCUGCAUGCGAAGAGGCUAAUCCUAGAUGACCUUAGGGAUAACAAUGUUAUAUGGACUCCAUAUGACGGGCAUAGAGUGGAUUGA